UCGAAGAAAAAAGUCGAUUGCUUUGGACGUGUGUAGACGUCCGGUCGUCGCGAAAUUUGUUUUUGUAGUGGAACACAAAGAGAGCAGAAGUGGAUUACCGAUCGUUUUGCCGUGCUGCAGCUGUGCAUAAUAAGGUGAUAAACACAGGCCAAAGGAUUACGCGGCGCCUCACUCGUGCAUCCUUGUGCAUUGACGAUGUAUACAUACUAUGGGCGCGUCUCUUUUUGUUCCUUCGCGCGUAUGUUUGUGUGUGUGUAUGUCUGACGUCGCUCUGCCUGUGCGUCUGUGUGUGUGUCUCGCCCCUCGGUCGAAGCGAGCAGAGCAGAGCAGCCCGCAACCCGCAGCCCUCUCGCCCACCUCCUAAAGUCAGUGUACAACUUGUUUAUAUUUAAGAUUUGAGAUUGGAGAUCGACCCGCGACCGAGACUGGCAAAGCAAAGCAAAGCAAGGCAAGGAAGCACGCAGAAUGCUGCUGAAUUAUUGAAACAAGUGUCGUCGAAUUGUGAUUUCUCGUCGGGUGAAUUUUCGCACGCACACCAAGCCAGCGUUGCUCGCAAACACACGCACACAAGCGAAACGAGAUUUUGCAAGUCGCGUACGCGCUGGUAGUGGUGCCCUCUCGUAGUGUUGUAGUUGUAACCGUGUCUGUGUGGGUGCCUGUGUUGGUGCUUGUGCAACUUAAAAAUUCAAUUGUUUAUUGCUGGGCAAAACUGGUACCGUGUACAGUGUACCGCGUACCGUGUCCGCGUACCGCUCGCCUGGAAAACAACAUUUAAAACGAACGCAAGGCGCAUCGCGAGCAAGUGAGCAACAAUAAGGUGUCGCGGCGGCGCCUUCCCAUUUCCACGGUGAUAAUAAUCAUCGGCAUAGGGUUGCGACGCGAAAGCCACAAGUGAAAGUGGAAUGCUCUGUCUAUUCGCGUUAGUUGGCAUAGUCUUCAAUACCCAGCAAAUUGCAUCGCUCCACUCUCCACUCACCGCUCUCCAUUCUCCACUCUCUGGUCUCCGCACCGACUGGAUAUGAGGACACUUGGUUCGAUGGGCGAAAAGCGACUGUAGCAGCUACUAUAAAAAGGACGAUCUGAUAUGAGAGCCACAUAUUCCGCGCCAAUGAGCGGAGACGACAGGGCAAUUAGAUGAGAAAGACCCCGAUGACCCAGAGCAAACCAUUUCACUCAAAAACGCAUAGUUGAGCGAUGGAACCAACAAGCAAUUCCGAGGUUGUGCCAGAAGGAAAUGCUUACGUCGCCAAUUAAGCACACUCAAUAGCAAUUAGAAGCCAAACCUAAAAUCUGCCCACAAUACUACACGGCUAUCCAACUAUCCGCAUUCAAAUCAAAAUGAACUCCGUUAUAUCUGCAUUUAAGGGUAAAAAGAAUAGCAAUGCAACCUGCAGUUCUCCCAUGGGAUCGGCGAAUGGCACUGCUCCGGUGGAGGCAAAGCAAACUGCUGGCGGAGGACUCGUCGGCGUGGGCAUCAGCAUAGCCAGCGUGGGCGGCGGCGUGGCCAAGAAGAAGCCCGUGGCCCAGAACAGUGGCUACCCGGCCCUGCGCCACAUCCGCGAAAUCGAUGCAAACAACAUGCUCCUUUCCUCCGUCGUCGUUGUGGCAGAGGAACGGCCAGUCAGCAAGCCCUGCUCGCCCUCGACAGUGGCGACAAUGGCCACCGGAAUCGAUGUCGUGGAUCACUGCCUGCCCACGACGGUGCGAUUGUCCGUGACAGACGCGCUGUCCGACUUAAACAUGAACGGAAAAGCCGUCGAAGCCGUGAGCCCAUGCACUCCGAUUGGCGACAAUGCCAACCUGGAGGUGGCUGAAACAUGGGCGUGUCCACCGCCAGCGCCACCAGCGACGGAUGACGAGGACAUUUCCGAGCACUCGACUGCCGCCUGCACCAGCACCAGUAGCUCCAGCGAGCACAGCAACAGCACCGUGGUGCACAGUCCCACUGUGGCGGAGAGCACCUGUGACUCUGUUUCCGUCUCCGCCUCGGCAAGCCAUCCAAGUCCCAGCGGGAGUCAGCACAACACAUCGUCCGCCACCUGUAGGAUGAGCAGCCCGCACAGCCAGUCGUCGCUCUCCAUAGCCUGCGAGCCUCACUCGGCCUCCACCACCACGCUCUCCUCGCUGGGAUCGGACCUGGGCAAUGGAAACGGCAGUUCCGUACCCGCGUUUCUAAUGACCGCCCCCGUCACGCUGCCCAUCGGCGGUCAAAUGCCGACGAUAAAGUGCCUCCCGGGAGCCAGCUCAGCGGCCAGCACGCCCAAGCACUCGCGAUACUCCAAGCCACGUCUCAGCCUGAGCCGCGUGUUUAACCACUCCAUGCCCUCCGUGCACGGCCGACCAAAUCUCAGUUUGGCGCCAUCUGCAGCUCCGGGAAGUGCGAAUCCGCCGAAACGCAUUUCCACGCACCAAAGAAACUUAAGCUUGGACUUUAGAUCCAUGGGCAUACUGCUUCCGCCCGUCUCGCAGGUGACCAACAAUCACAGCAAUCACACCCAGCACCACCGCAAUCGCAGCCUCGACAGUGCCUUGCAACGCAUUCCGGAGGUCGAAGUGUCAUCACCAAAUGCUGAAAGCGAAAACACGUUCUGCUCACCGUCCAUUCUCGGUGCGACUAUGUGCUCCAAAAUUGCCACGACAGCGGCAAGUGUAACGUCAGCCCUCUCCCCACCAGGCACGCCCACGCCGGCUCUGAUGUCGACGGCGUGCACGCCCACGAUUGGAGCCGCAAAGGGCAACGUGCAACAUCCUGUGCCGCAGCAUGAGCAAUCGAUUUCUUUGGCAGCCGCUUGCAGGUCCAGUGCCGUCGUGGAGUCUUGUCCAACGUUACGAAUGCGGCCAAAAUCCAGCGAGUCGGUUGCGGCCAGUGGCCCAGAGAUGAUCGGUGUCAUUGUCGGCAGCACAGGCAACGGCAGUAGCAGCAGUAACAAUAGUUGCAGUAGCGCUGGUAGCACCAAGAAGCGAGAGGAUCUUACCAGUCUUGGAUCGGAUGAUUCUGGCAUCAUCUGUGGCUCAGAGUCGGACCAAAUAUCUCUGAAUCGCAUAUGCCACUCACAUGAGUCGCUGGAUUCGGGUGAGAUGGACGCGGAUGCCGAUGCCGAAGAGGAGUGCGUUGAUCUAAUGGAUACAACAUCCAUCGACGAGGAGUACAACAUUAUGCAACCGGACCAUCUCUGCCUCUAUCCCCCACAUGCCGCUUCCACCGAAUUGGACUGUCGCACCCUGCGUCCGUCCCGGAAACAAAAGCGACAGCAGCAGCAGGUCCUGGAGCGGAGCAACGUGCCGUCGUCCCAAAACCAGGUCGAUAACGAAGACACAGUGGAUGCUGGCGUCGACGCCCGAACUCGCUAUCGCGUCAUGAACAUGUCGCAGGCAGCUAUCAAUGUUGAACUCGGAACAGCUCCCAAUGAAAUCGAUCCGGAUUCCAACCACAGAGAAUCUCAACAAGACCACAUCGCCGAUGCACAUUGCCUGUCCACGCCAAAUGUAACGUCAACGGCGUCAGCCACGCCAUCGGCGACUCCGACACCGAUUGCCACUCCGACACCAACGGAGAGCACGAAGAACGACCAAGUGCUGUUUAAGAACUUCUUUGGCGCCACCAAGAACGCCAUAUUCCGCACAGCCCAGAGCAUUAUUGAGAACCAUGAGAAGAAAAACGCCGCUAAGCAGAAAGAGCAGCCCGAUCACUCUGCGACAGUCAGUGUAGUAAGUGUGCCAAAUGGAGGAAGCAGUGUGCCACAAGACGUGGUCAAGUCACCUACAGACAUUUCCAAAAAGAAGGAAUUCUUCAGUUUGCUCACGUCUAGUUCAAGCAAAAAGGCAGCGGCUGCAGCUGCAGCAAACUCGGCUGCUAGCACGCCCCCUGUCACGCCUACGGAAACGCUAGCUGCAAAUUCAAAUUUAAAGCUUCAACUGCCUUCCGAUCCACCUGCCGAUUCAAAAGUAAAGGAACGUACUCUCAACUUGCGUCUACCUGGAGAUAGUGAAGGCAGUGAAGGCGCAUUGACAAAUUGUUCAUCAAUCAACUCGAUACACAAACUUAAGCUUCCUGUUCCUGGCGUCGUCAAGUAUUUCAUCAGUGAAAAAGCACCUGUGUCAGAUGUGCUCCAGAAGCCAGAGAAAGGCCAAAGCGGCCUUUUGCGUUUCUUUGAGUCGCCAGUGUUCAACAUACACUUUGCUGUGCAUUACCUCUUUUACUCGAAGGAACCGGGAGUUCUCAGCUUUAUCGGCAACAAGAUCUUCAGUUUUCCCGACCAAGAGGUUGAUCUAUACAUACCACAACUGGUUGUUAUGUACAUUCAGAUGGAUGAGCUAGCUGAGGUGCUAGAUCCAUAUCUUACCAUUCGGUGUCGCAAGUCGGUUGACUUCUCGCUGAAGUGUCUCUGGCUCUUGGAGGCCUAUAACUAUCAAGUGGAUUCGCUGGGGAACUCGCACAGCAGUUCUCGGAAAUCUAAGCUGGCGCUCAUGAAGGAGAUAUUCUCGAAAAGGGAGCACAAGCAGGCUCAGAACGACCUCAAGUCUGCCGGCACUGGAGCUGUUGGAGAGCCGAGGUCGGUGGUCGCCCUUGCCAAGAAGACGCACCACCGUUCGCAAUCUGAUGCCACUGUGCUCCUAGCCGACUUCCGCUCGCCCCACACACUAAGUAUAUCGCACCGUAUGUACCAGCAGCCACCCUAUACCACACAAACACUUCCCACUACGCCCGCCAAACUGUGCCUCGGUGACUUAACUUCCGGACACGCAUUUGAUAACGGGUGCACCUGCUUCGAGACGGUUCGAGGCCAAGUGAACGGUCUGCUUGGGCAGAGGACGCUGUGCAGCUGUGGAGCUCCAAAGACGUCACCGCAGAAGGAGUUUAUGAAGGCGUUGAUGAACGUUGGUAAAAAUCUCACCUCAUGGCCCUCCAAAGCGGAGAAGACUUCGGCGCUGCGGAUGUCCCUCAACCUGAUUAACAAAAACCUGCCCGCUAGAGUCUGGCUUCCUCUGUACUCGGACAUUCCACACCAUGUCGUUCGUAUUACAGAGGAGAAGACCGCAGUACUGAACUCGAAGGAUAAAACGCCCUAUAUCAUAUACGUAGAAGUGGUUGAGAUUCCCGACAUCUAUACUUCUCCCCUGAUUCCAAAAAUGAUGCCUUCACUGCGGCACACCAAGAGCGAAGAGCACUUGGACGGCUCCUGCCUGAACUCCCACCAACAUCUGAGCUGCAGUCGCACUUCCAGCUGCAGUAGUAGUCAGCAGGGCACUAGCUGCCGCCGGAAAAAAGGAGCAGAAGCUGAUGGCGGCUGCGGGGAUGCUGGCCCACACAACAGCUGCAGCAAUGUACAUUCGUUGGGUGGACUUCAGUUCCAGGAAGAUGACGUGUGGUCGCAGGAGGAGGACGAAAUAACAGCGCAGUACCUUAACAUGCGGAAGGUGAGCGAGCGGGACACCAUCUCACAAAUAUCACUGGAUUCCUGCGAUUCACGAGACCAAGGUCCACCAAUCGUUUUCAAUAUUGGCGACGUGCGCUUGCGUCACUGCAGCAAUUUGAGUUGCGAAAACACCAAGUCCUUCAGUAACGACCCGGAAGAUCCUUCGGCGGCUGCUUUAAAGGAACCUUGGCACGAAAAGGAAAAGCUCAUCCGGGAGUCCUCGCCAUAUGGCCAUCUAUCAAACUGGCGGUUGCUUUCCGCCAUCGUAAAGUGUGGCGAUGAUCUACGCCAGGAACUAAUGGCUACCCAACUGUUACAGAUGUUCAAAAUUAUUUGGCAAGAAGAGCAAGUGGAUCUGUGGGUGCGCCCGUACAAAAUAGUCUGCCUGUCGAAUGAUAGUGGUCUUAUUGAGCCGAUCCUUAACACUGUUUCCCUGCACCAAAUUAAGAAGAACUCCAACAAAUCAUUGAAAGAGUAUUUCAUCGAUGAGUACGGCUCGCCAAACGGAGAAAGUUUUCGGCGCGCGCAGAAAAAUUUCGUCCAAAGCUGUGCGGCCUACUGUUUAAUUUCAUAUUUGCUGCAAGUCAAGGACAGGCAUAAUGGCAACAUUCUCUUCCAUUCGGAUGGGCAUAUUAUACACAUUGACUUUGGAUUUAUUUUAAGUAUAUCACCUAAAAACUUGGGAUUCGAACAGUCGCCCUUUAAGCUAACGCCAGAAUUUGUCGAGGUGAUGGGUGGCACGAACUCGGAGCAUUGGCGUGAAUUUAAUAAGCUCUUGUUAGUUGGAAUGAUGUCUGCUCGAAAGCAUAUGGAUCGUAUUAUUAACUUUGUGGAAAUUAUGCGCAGCAAUGCCCAUUUGCCGUGCUUCAAGAAUGGGUGCUCUGGAACCGUACAGAAUCUCCGAAAACGCUUUCAUAUGAAUUUAACCGAACAAGAGAUGGAGCGAAAGGUUGAACAGCUUGUACAGGACUCGUUGAAAAGUCUGUCAACCAAACUGUACGACGGUUAUCAAUACUAUACGAAUGGCAUAUUGUGAGAACGGUUUUUUAUGAAGAUCUAAAUGGAUAAUCAUAAUAGCGGAUAGAAAUUGCCAAGCUGGUAACCAACAUAAUGGACUGACUCUUUUGUAAAGGAAUUAUUGUAUAUUAUAUAAUAUGUUAUUAUCACCGAAAAAAAACAAAAAGAAUGAAAUUGUACCAAACCUUAAUCUGUUAUUGUAGUUUAAAUCGUUCGUUGUAUGCGUUUUCAUUGUUGAAUUAGCGUAAGGUGUAUGUUGUCUAGCUUUUAAGAGAUGAAGAAAGUGUAAAUGCUGAAUGUAAUUUUAGUUUGCCUGUGAGAGAUCGCGAGACACUCGCUAUUCCAUUUUGAAAUUCAUAAUUUACCUGUACAUAUAUGCACAUUUCUACUAACCAGCCUUACGUUUCGAUAACUUGUUUAUCUCUUCAUCCCUUUCUAAACUUAAACUUUUGUAAUUCAUAACUAUAUAUGUAAAAGCGUCUAAUUCCAAUAUAUAGUCAUAAGUAUAAGGAUAUAUAUAUAUGCUUAAUACUGCUGCAGCAUAGAAUUUUAAUACAGCAAUAUAAUCUUUAAGAAGAUCUAUUAAAUACAAAAUUUAGAUAUCUUUAACGAGUAUAUAGAUAAAUAAUUGAAAUGUUUGAGUCGCUGUCAGCUGUGUUUGUAUUUGCAUAUUUAACUAAGUAAAAGAAAAUUUUUAAAUCCCAAUUAUUUUCUAACUUAAUAUACUUCUAAGCUAUUGCGAAAGAGAUAUAAAACAAAACCAUUGGAAAGGGUACUAAAACCAAUAGCUAGGCACUGAAAGUGCACAAUUUCAAGCCUAUAAAAGUGAGCAGCACUAUUCAAGGUACAUACUUGUAUGUAUGUUUAAGUAAACUUUCACGCAAAAAUUAGCUACAAGUAUUUAAGAGUGUAAAUUAAUAUUUCUACAAAUUAUCAAAUAAUGUCACUAAAAUAAAUGAGCGUAUUAAUAUACAAGAAAA